GUAAUUUUAGAUUGUUUCCUUAAUUAUUUAAUUAUUAUUCUAUGUGCGCCAGAAUAUUAAUACACACAAAUAACAAUCUUUAAGACAUCACAACACUCAGCCAUCGCCCCUUCACUGAGUUAGAAACCGCCCUUCUCUGCUGCCAGCCGCCCUUUACUCCACCUAGCUGCCGCCCUUCACUCCAGGAAUCCGGUGAUGACCGGCCACGAACUCCGACUUCAGCGUUGGCGGCCGCAAUCCUCAGAGGUGGUGGUCACAGUCCCCGGAGGUGGCGGCUGGAAUCCUUGGUGGUCGGGGCAAAACUUGAACGAACGGAAGAAGGAAAGAAAGAGAGGGGAAAAGAGAAAGAAAGAAAAAGAAAGAAAAGAAAGAGAAAAAAAUAUGCACAUAAACCGCCACGUCGGACAUUAACCUGGAACCUAAAUCUUACCUGCUAAAAAGCUUAAUUGACUUAUUUUUAAGAGUUCCAGAGCACAAUUGAAUGUUUUUUAAGUACGAAAGCCUAAUCACUAUUUUCCUCUUUGUAGUCAAGCACAGUAAUUGCUCAAAGACUUGAAAACAAAAUGAUGAUCCAUUCUCAAAACUUCUUCACAUUCGUUCCUCAGGAUAGUUGGUAUUGAGAGGGAUUUUGAGCUCGCUCAACAAAGGUAUGCUCUUCAAUGCCUGUGCCUCCAAGCAUCUCAGCUCAAGCUUCUCUCCAACCCCAUGUAAACACUUCUUCCCCUUCAUUCUUAUUCACCGCUGCUUUUCAUCUCUUCCCAUUCCUGUCGAAUCCGAUAACAUUGAAACAUUAGUUCAGCAGCAUCCCCCGAAUUAUGGAAUCAGAAGGGAACCCCCGAUUUCUGAUAAACUGUUCAAAUUCGCCGCACGCUCAGGUUCUCACAAGCAGGGCGACUCCACCUUUUAUUCUCUCAUCGAGAACUACGCCAACUCUGGGGACUUCACGUCCCUGGAAAAGGUUUUUGAUAGGAUGAAACACGAGAACAGAGUCUUUCUAGAGAAGAGUUUCAUUCUAGUGUUUAGGGCUUGUGGUAAAGCGCGCUUGCCUGAUAAAGCUAUUCAACUCUUUGGAAGAAUGGUGGAUGAGUUCCACUGUAAGCGGACGGUUAGGUCCUUUAAUUCUGUUCUUAAUGUGAUUAUACAGUCCGGGUCAUAUAACCAGGCCUUGAAGUUUUAUCAUGAUGUUGUACAUAGGAGGGUUUCUAUGCCCAAUGUCUUGACUUUUAACUUGAUUGUUAAAGCAAUGUGUAAGUUAGGUAUGGUAGACAGUGCAGUAGAGUUGUUCAGGGAAAUGCCUGAAUGGGAAUGCAACCCAGAUGUUUAUACGUACUCCACUUUGAUGGAUGGGCUGUGUAAGGCGGAUAGGAUUGAAGAAGCCGUGACUUUGUUGGAUGAAAUGCAAAUGGAGGGCUGUUCUCCCACUCCGGCUACUUUUAACGUUUUGAUCAAUGGGCUAUGUAAGAAGGGUGAUUUAGUACGAGCUGCGAAGCUUGUAGACAAUAUGUUUCUCAAAGGUUGUGUUCCUAAUGAAGUGACUUACAACACACUGAUACACGGUUUGUGUCUUAAAGGGAAGAUGGAGAAGGCAAUUAGUUUGCUUCAUAGGAUGACUUCUAACAAACAUGUCCCUAAUGAUGUAACAUAUGGAACCAUCAUUGAUGGUCUUGUCAAACAAGGGAAAGUCACCGAAGGUGCAUACAUUUUGAAAGCAAUGGAGGAAAGGGGAUACCCUGCGAACGAGUAUGUUUACUCUUCGCUAAUUAGCGGGUUUUUCAAGGAGGGGAAAUCUGAAGAGGCGUUGAAAAUAUGGAAGGAAAUGGUCGAUAAGGGGAUAAGGAAACCUAACACGGUUGUUUAUUCUGCUCUUAUAGAUGGCUUGUGCAGGGAAGGUAGACCUGAUGAAGCAAGGGAGAUACUUUUGCAUAUGAUUAAUAUGGAUUGCAUGCCAAAUGCUUUUACAUAUAGCUCCCUGGUGAAGGGUUUUUUCAAAACAGGUAAAAGCAAUGAGGCCUUGCGUGUGUGGAAAGAUAUGGUGGAUCGGAAUGUUGUACCUAAUGAAGUUUGUUACAGUGUAUUAAUCCACGGAUUGUGCGAGGACGGUAAACUGAGAGAUGGUUUGAUGGUAUGGAAGCAAAUGAUGAGCAUUGGUCGGAAACCCGAUGUAGUGGCAUACACUUCUAUGAUAUACGGACUAUGCAAUUCCGGGUCAACCGAACAAGGACUUAAACUUUUCCACGAGAUGUUAUGCGGAGAAUCUAGAAGUCAACCUGAUGUGGUUACAUACAACAUACUUUUUAAUGCUUUAUGCAAGCAGGAUAAGGUCUCACACGCCAUUGAUCUUUUGAAUAAUAUGUUGGAUCGAGGGUGUGACCCCGAUUUGGUUACAUGUAACAUUUUCUUGAAAAGUAUAAAUGAGAAGUUGGAUCCACCCGGAAGCGGGAGAGUGUUUUUGGAUGAGCUAGUGGUACGAUUACACAAGAGGCAGAGAAUUCUUGGGGCAUCAAAUAUUAUAGAAGUCAUGCUUCAAAAGGCUUUAUACCCUAAAUUGUCCACUUUGGAUAAAAUGGUCAGAGAACUAUUGAAAGAAAAGAAGGUUCGACUGGCCAUCGACAAGUGCUGGAAUGACCUGUUCCUUUGACUACUCCAUCGAGACUUUGGCAUGGUCUACAAUUAAAAUCGACCACAGAAGUUCUUCCAGCUCUAUCUUGUCAGUGGUCAUUGUAUGGCCAGAUUUGAGGCAAUUAAAUGGGAUCACAAAUUGCUGCUUCAUGCUGUGUGCCGAAACAGGAUUCAAAUAUCAAGGAAAUUCAGAAUGAUGCCUCCAAGAAAAGAUCUAUCAGAUGAAAAGUUGAUAUAUUUAGAGAAGGGAGUGGGGGGUGGGGUCUUCUCUUGCUGGAAGUUACAUCAUAAAACUCUGCCCUCAAGUCCAAGAUUGAAGAAGUCAUUAACACUUAUGCUGAAGAAGUCAUUAACACUUAUGCUGACUAACUGACUUUAUUCAAGUUCAGAGUCAGCUUACGUUGUAGUGAUCAAGAUGGUGAAAUCGGAGGUCAUAUCCUUCUACCACCCACAGACAGUUACUCUGUAUUUCUAUGAGCAGUGGGGCGGUGAUCGUUGGCAGUAGCGACAUCACCGUAUUUGCCCAAUUUCAUCGUUCGGAUAGUGAAUGGUUCGAACAAGAGGAAAAAUGGAGCAACGUCUGGAAGCAGUUGAACGCAGUCGAACUACCAUGGAGGAAGCACUGUUGCGGAUGGAAACGAUGAUGCAGAACAUGUCAGGAAGGAUCGACACGAUGAGCGAGGACCACCAUCACCGAGGGAGAUCGCGAUCUCACCAUAGUCAUCACUCGCGUCCAUCGCCCAGUCCAGCGGUCUCAAGAGGUAACUCUGCUCAUUCGAACCCUGCUAUUCACAGACGACAUGAUGAAUAUAAUAGAUUCCCAGUUCAUACGGGUCGUAAGGUGGAUUUACCAUUGUUCAAUGGUGAUGGGGCUUAUAAUUGGCUAGUAAGGAUGGAGAGGUACUUUAGACUGAAUUAUAUUGCUGAGGAGGAUAAGUUGGAAGUCUCGGUAGUGGCUAUGGAAGACAGGGCUCUGAAUUGGUUCCAGUGGUGGGAACUUCAGACCGAGGAGAAGAACUGGGAAUCACUUAAGGAAUCUAUUAUUCGUAGAUUCCAACCUGACUUGUUACAGAAUCCAUACGGACCGAUGUUGAGUUUGAAGCAGGCUGGAACAGUUGAAGCAUACAGGGAUGAAUUUGAGAUGAUCAUUGCUCCACAGAAGAAUGUUGACCGAGAAAUACUAAGGGGGGUAUUUCUCGCUGGAUUAAAGCCAGAAGUCAAAGCCGAAUUGAAACUGCAUCAAUCCAGGUCACUAGCUGAAGUAAUGGAUAUGGCUUUACUGGUUGAGAAGAGGAAUGAAGCAGUAUCUGUUAAGAGACAGGAGGAUGAGAGAUUGGGUGGAAGGGAUAAAGAGUCAGUUUAUGCUAAACCUCCCAGGUGGGGAGAAGGUUUCAGAACAAGAGCUGGUAGUUCAGGGGUUCAAAAUCAGAACAAAACUAACCAGACUUGGUUUAACUCAGCAGGGAAUAAGGAGACUGAAAUUCAUUCUUCAGGGAUAAAAAGGGUUGGACCUCAGCUAUCACAGGAUGAAUACCAAGAGAGAAGUAGGAAGGGGCUUUGCUUUAAGUGUGGAGAGAAGUGGAAUAGAGAGCAUACCUGCAAACUGAAGCAUUAUAAAAUGAUGCUUGUAGAAGAUUCAGAUGCUGAGGAGGAAUCUGAAAGGAUAGAUCCUGAAAUUACAGAAGAAGAAAUUGUAAUGGAGUCCAAAUCCAUGCAAUUGUCACCCAUGAGUAAGGAGGGGAUACCUACCAUGAGAGCCUUCAAAAUUAAAGGAAUUAUGAAGUGGGAUAGAGGGGUAAAACAAGUGGAAGUGCUGAUUGAUAGUGGGGCCACUCACAACUUCAUUUCUAAGAAACUGGUGGAUGAAUUGGAGCUGCCUUUUAAAACCAUUUCAGGAUACAAAGUGCAGGUUGGUAAUGGAGAAAAGCUAUCUAAUGAUGGAAGAUGUGAAGAUUUGACUUUAUGUAUGCAGGGUUCAAUCAUAAAACAAAACUUUUACUUUCUGACUUUGGAAGAAACUGACUUGGUUUUGGGAAUGGAGUGGCUGACUACUUUGGGAGAUGUGGAAAUAAACUUUCGGAAACAAAGUAUAAAAUGGAAGAUUCAGGGGUUAGAUCAGCAGAUUCAAGGGGACCCACACUUGAGCUCCAUGGAGAUAUCACUGAAAAACAUGACUCCGAUGGUGCAGGUGGUGCAGGACACUGGUGAUGGUUAUUGUAUGUUUUAUGAAGGGCAAUCUGUGCAGGUAAAGAGUGUUGCUUGUGCUGGAAGUCAGGAUAAAGUUCUGGAGGUUGACAACAUUGUAAUAAUUCUGGGGGCUUUGGCAAAAUCAGGGGUGCAAGAUGAUCCAAAGUAUAUUGCAAUUGAAGAAUCCAGGUUCACGCAAUCUGAUGCCAGGUUGGGGGUGAUAGUAAAGGAAAGUGCAGGAAGGAUGGGGAAGAAAAUCUUGAGAACUGGGUUCGGAACUUACCAACUGUGGAAGUUUUACAUUGAAGGUAGGAAUUCUGGUUCCAUACCAAAGAUAACAGCUGCUGAAAUAUCAGGUUCUGGAUUGAGCUGGGCAAAUGAGUUUGAUUUUGUAUAUCAGUUGGGUGGACUCGAUAUAGAACUGGAUUCUACGUUUCAGACGGUUGUGAUUGCUAUCUCACAGAUAGGGCACCUCGUGGAUCUACCUUUAAAACAAGGAAGUGAGAAGGGAAUCACAGCUGCUAGAAAUUGGUGGGGUGAACUGAACAUUCAUAGUGAAAUUAUGCAGCAAAUAACCGGGAACCAUAGCUCUCUUCAUUGGCAAUCUAAACAGGAGGUUGGGAAGGACCCAACAGUGUCAGUACACCUGCUCAUUCUGGCGGUGGUAGAGGUCAAGGGGAUGGCCCAAGUGCUGAAGCUAAAGAUCCAGAAUGCUUUGUGGUACUGGGUAGGGAGAGGGGCUCAGAUGAAGAUGAAGUUGAUAAUCAAGGCUGACUCCUAUCACCCACCUUGAGGACAAGGUGGUUGUUUAGGGGGGGAGUAAUGAUAGGAAUUAUUAAUAAGUGGGCCUAUUAUAGAUAUUAAUAAGUGGGCCUGUGAUUUUAAUAGAAGGAAGAGGGUUAUGGGCUAUAAAUAGUUGGGAAAAUUAACUAAUGAGGAAGGCUGUGAUUGAAUUGGCAUUUUGGCUGAGGAGAGUAGGCUUCUCGAACAGUCCUAGCUUUUGUAUACGUAUUGCGUUUAGCUCUAUAUCAAUAAACACCUUCGAUCAUUACUCCAUAUUUCUGAUCGAUCUAUAUUGUUUGCUGUUAUAUUACCUGUGAUCUAUCAAAUUCCAACUUGAAUGUUCGUAAUAUCGGAGACACAUCUUCAAUUGCGACAUGUUUUUUGUGUGAUAUUCGAUUCGGGCAUUAUUGCCGGUUUCUAUUGGGCCACAAACAGCGUCAUGAAAUGAUUUCCCAUGAUUAUCUACCGAAUGCUGGGGUUUGAUAAAUUGUCAAUCUCUUCCAACUUCUCUGCAGAUGCCUCUCCCUUUUGAGAUCUUUCAACUAAUUAAGUUAAUCUUAUUUUGAGUUCGACAUAUAUAUUUGGAAGCAUCCCAACCUUGGCUCAGAUUUGCUAGGUCUUGGCCGAUUUUAUCAGUUACUAGACCUAUGCUUUGAUUUGAUGAUUCUCUACCCAAAAUCAAGGUCUUGGUUUCUUGUGGCACGGGCCAAGGCGAGGUGCUUUGCUGAUCUCUUUUGAAGUAUGUAGUAUAUCAUUGCUGAACUUACGGGCAUAAGCCGGUCUCCUUAUGAUGUGCAACAAACCUUUGUUUUUAGAUUUGUAUAGCACAUACCCGGGGAUGUGGCCAAUGAUGCAGGGCACACGGCCUUUUUGAGCUUCUUUGAAUAUAUAUCCGGGGAGCUCUUCGGUGGAUCCCUAUUGUGGAAUGUUUUGGUACAUCAUACAUGUGGCAGAAUUCCAUUGGAAUAUAUUCCAGGUCAUUAAAAAAUCAAAACAUUUGCAGAGGUGAACCUUGCACAAUUAAAAAAUUCUCACAGUCGACAUCAUAUUUUCUACUCGCAAGUUCUUCAAAAAAAUCGAGUGAGAAUUUCAAAUUAAUGUCAAUGGAACCAAAUUCUAGUGGCAGUGGAGGGGAUCAUUUGAUAUUUCACGCUGUGGAGUUCGUGAAGGGAUUUGCUACGAUGAGUGUGGAGUUCUGGAAGGGGUGAAGAUUGUCGUGAUGCAGAUGGUGGUGUCUGAGGACUCUAUGAUCCUGAAGAAGCUUGGAGGACAGUGCUUGAAAAUUUCCAGAAAAAUGAUUCUUAUGAACGACUAUUUUCCAGAAGAUCGCGAUCCAUUUCUUCGUCGCAAUAAAUGCUUUUGCAGGUAUUCCUGUUGUUUUGACAGCUCUAAAAUCUCAAGUUUACUGGAACAGUCCGGCGACCCUUGUUUCAGUUCUAGAUGACCCACCUCCAAUGCUAAAAUGUUGCUAAAGAUCUAAUGUUUCCGUGAUUCUGCAACUUGGAAACCUCAAGUUCUAUCUCUAACUCCAUUUCUUUAUCAAUCUGUACUCUAUUAACUCAUCGAUAGAAAUCAUGCACUUCAGAUAUUUUUGUGCAAAAAAGAUUUGGUUUUAUCCUCCUCUUCAUUCUUCGACCUUCACACCAUCAUAAGAUACGUAGGAAUUAAGAUCAACUAUGUUGUUCAGUGUGACAUGUUAAUGUAUUUUAAUUGGCGUGGAAAAACAUUUCUUUCGAUGUGUUCUAUCCGCAAGUGUGGUUGUUACUGAUUAGUUCUUUUAAAUGUGAAUAUGUGGGUUGAAGAAAGAGGGUUAGAGAAGCAGUUCAAAUAGCUGAGGGUGACACAUGUGAUCAAGAUUAAUCGUUUAUGAUAAAGACUCAAUCUUUAAGAUAAAAAGAGUAGACUUGAGAUGGAAACACAACUGGGUUUGAAUGAGUAGACCUUUAAUGUUAGGUACUCAAGAUCUCAUGUUGAUUUUCCAAGUACACUUUAAUGUCUUUGGAUGUUUUUGGCUAAGAGCUCAAAACGAAGAAGAAUAUAUUCCUUACGAAUAAAGCUUUUUGCAGCUAGCAUGAGGUCAUUGGCUCCUCCAAGUUUGUCUCUUUGACAGUUUCAAUCAUUCCAGUUUGUGAAUGGGCUAACUACUAAUACUUCAUAGACCUUCUACUAUGAUCUUUGCUCCAGCACGUCUAAGCUUCUAGGUUGUAUACUACAUUGUACUCUUAAAACUAACGACAAAUCUACAGGAGCAUGUAAAGUGAAGGGAUUUUAGAACACCAAAAUCGAUAACAUUCUAUCAGUUUAAGUCAUGUCAUUAUUGUGAGGUGUUUGUGGAUUCUGGUGAUGCUGGACGACAUAUUGAGUUUUUUGAUUGAGCUCAUACGAGGAGCUAUAUAGAAAACUGGGCGAUAUGUUUAAUUUGGGAUCCGAAUGUCGAUGAUGCUAAGCAAUGUGGUGUACCAGGAUACUGCCAGUUUAGUUUGGCACACUGGAGAUGAGCUAUUCAGCGAGUUAAUGAAGAAGUCUUGAAUAAUUUACGCAGAGUAAAGUCAUCCAAGAUCAACUUCAUGCUUCUAUCCCAGAUCGUUUUUGCUAUAGGAUGUUUCUCUUUCUUGAUCAUAAUUUGCAGCUCAUCAUUGGAAUUAUUAUAUCCCAGAUGUAACUCUUUAUGGUCUCAUCUUCAUAUGAGUAAUGUAAUGAAGAAAACUGAUUGUAUAAAUGAAUUAUAUAACAUUGAGAGAAGAGAAAUGGCUACAAAUGGGAGUAAAACAUAUGUAUUGAGAGUUGAAUGAUAUUAAUAACUAACUGAGCAUAUAUUUUCC